ACGUGGAAGAUAGAUACCUCAAGGGAUUAAAACGACCCAUCUAUUUCGCAAUUAUCAGUAAAGAAUUACCGAACCUGGAUGGUAUGCAGGAAGCCGCUACACGUCAAGAGCAGAUGAUGGGAGCGCUUGAUUCCCCCACACGCAACUCACGUCCCAGAUCAGCGGAAGCUAGUAAUGCCGAAGCGCAACAGUUGUCAGAGUCGUCUGAUGAGCGCAAUCAGAACUCAAAGAAGAAAGAGAAUAAUUCGGAUAACUCUCGUCGUGGAGGAAACCGAGGUAGAGGCCGUGGACGUGGAGGUGCCCAAAGAGGUGGUGGAUCUUGUUUUGAACGGUUCCCGUGCAAAUUAUGUGGGGAACUUGGACAUUGGGUAACAACGUGCCCGAAGAUAGAGGCAGCGCAACAGCUGCUUGGAAAAGAUAAGCAGAAAUCAGAAGCGGAGGCAAACAUGGUACUUGCGACGGACCGAGGUGCUGACCACAGCAUUGCCCUGGAUUCGUGCGCAACCCAUCAUGUUGUCAAAGAUGAGUUCAUGUUUGAAGAGCUUCAUUCCAUCGCACCGGUCACCGUUCCAGUGGCCAAUGGCCAAACCAUUGAAGCCCAGAAAGCUGGAACCAUCCGGGUCUUCAACAAUGAAGACCGGACAAACACAUUAUUUUGCGGAACGUACUCUACGAGCCUAGUGCGCGUAGGAAUCUCUGCAGUACCGCACCGUUGAUUGACGAGGGCUACAACAUUCAACUUCGAAGAGGAGAUGCUGAAAUUAGACGAGAUGGGGCAGCCGUUUUGAGGGUGACCCAUAAUGGAAGACUUCCAUUCUUGAAGGAUAUGUUGAAGCG